ACCAAUAAAGAAGAAACAAUAACAACAAUUUGAGUUUCACAGUCUCUCUACUUCUCGCCGAGGAGGUGUUGUGAUCGCACCUCUUCGGACCCUCGUCAAUCCUUUCUCUCUGUUCUUUCUAUCGACCAAACAUGGCGUCCGACAGUUUUACCGAUAAGAACGCCGUCUUCAGAAAGCUUAGAGCCAAAUCAGAAAACAAGAUGUGUUUCGAUUGUAAUGCGAAGAACCCGACAUGGGCGUCUGUUACGUACGGAAUCUUCCUUUGCAUCGAUUGUUCUGCCGUACAUCGCAGCCUCGGCGUGCACAUCAGCUUUGUUAGGUCAACAAAUUUGGACUCCUGGACUCCUGAGCAAUUGAAAAUGAUGAGCUUUGGGGGAAACAACCGUGCACAAGUUUUCUUUAAACAGCACGGUUGGACUGAUGGGGGAAAAAUUGAGGCCAAGUAUACAUCAAGAGCUGCUGAUUUAUAUAGGCAGAUACUUUCGAAAGAAGUUGCUAAAAGUAUGGUGGAUGAGGCAAGCUUACCAUCAUCACCCAUCGCUUCUCAUUCCAUCCUGGCAACUAAUGGACUUCCUGAAGUAAAGAUCGAUGAGGCUCCUACAGAGAGUUCCUUAGAGAGGCAAGAAACAUCUGAAAUUGCACCUUCGCCAAAAGUUUAUCAUACAACAACUGUCAGUUCUAUCAAGAAACCUCUUAUUGCAAAAAAGACCGGGAAGUCCGGUGGAUUAGGUGCUCGAAAGCUUACUACGAAGCCGAGUGAAGAUCUCUAUGAUCAAAAGCCUGAAGAGCCAGUGAUUCCGGUUGCUUCUUCAACUAAAACUCCAACUGCUGGCUCUUCUUUUACAUCUCGCUUCGAGUAUCUGGAUACCAUCCAACCUGCUGCAUUGAGUAAUUCUGGCCCACAAGUAAUUAGCCAUGUAUCUCCACCAAAGUCUUCAAGCUUCUUUACCGACUUCGGAAUGGAAAGUGGCUUCCAGAAGAAAGCAAGCUCAAAUUCCCUGAAAGUGCAAGAAACUGAUGAGGCACGAAAGAAGUUCUCAAACGCAAAAUCUAUUUCAUCCGACCAAUUUUUUGGGGAUCGGAACAAAGCUGCUGACGCCGAAGCACAAAUGUCUUUGCAGAAGUUCUCAGGUUCCUCAGCGAUUUCUAGCGCUGAUCUUUUUGGUCACAACUCUGAAAUGUCCCUUGAUUCUGCUGCGAGUGACCUUAUUAACCGGCUCUCAUUCCAGGCACAACAGGAUAUCUCUUCCCUAAAGAACAUUGCAGGAGAGACAGGGAAGAAGCUUAGCUCCUUGGCAUCGAAUUUAAUAACCGAUCUUCAGGACAGAAUCAUUUGAUAAUUCAUUUUUUUUAAUGUUCUGAUUACGGAGUUCAUUACCUCACCGAUCCAAUUUCUUGUGUAGUCAAUGCGAAAUGAGUUUAAUUAUAUAUAUAUAUAUAUAUAUAUAUAUAUAUUUUUCCCCCCCCUGGGGUUCAAAUAAAACCUUAUAUUUCUUCUCCAUGAUAUACGACUUGCUGGUUUUCGAAGCUAGGUACUUGAGAAUGGUCGUGUUUUAGAUUUCUAUCAACUGUCUUAAUGGGAUUGACUUGGCUAUAGAAUUCCCAGACGAAAUUGUAUCCGCGAUUACUCCUAGUUAUGAACCCUUAUUCAUGCAUUGAUUCUUCUUUGUGGAA